AUGGCUGACCCUGAGAAGCAAGAACAGGCCAAAGAGUCCUUAAUUGUCACUGCCAAAAAAUGGGGAGAAAAUCCCGUACCACCUGCUCUUCUCGCAACACUAGUCUUUGCCCAGCAUGCACGCCCAUUUCAGCCCGUUCCAAUGAUCUUUCCACCUUUACUGCUGUUCUCAACCUAUCUCAAUCUACAAGGCUACAAGAUUGAUAGUGCGGGCACAACAGCCGCACUGAGCGGCACAUAUUUAGUGUUGGCUGGUAGACGACGACUCGGACUGAUGAACAAGUUUGGUGCCAGAGGCAUGAUCAGAGGGGUCACUGUUGGUCUCUGCUUGGUCAACCUCGUGGGUGGAGGACUUGCAUAUGGCUUCGGAAGCCGUUCCAAGGAGGACUCGGAGAACAAGAAGAGCUUAUGA